GUUUACACCAUGUUUCGUGAGGUCGUCUCAUGUAAAUAACAUAGCUUAAAUACACCGUAACGUAAUACUGUAUGAAUUUUGAAAUAUAUGUGUAAAUCUAUAGCUGUAUUCUAAAUGUCGUUCUUAUGUCGUAGACCGCGGCGGUCCCCCGUCGACUUGUUUGCUGUCGGGCAGCCACUUUACCUCACUUUAGUCUGAUUAUUUAGUGCAUAGCCGGUUGGGUAGCUGUUAGCAUAUUAGCAUUAGCUUGCCGUUUCGGUAAGCAGAGGUGACUACGGCGGCGUUCGGGCUUGAUUUUUCAGACCUCGCCCCGUAUUGGAAUAAUGGCUGUAGUGACAUGACACAUUAACCGAAAGCCCCUCAACUAACGCCGAAAAAGACUCCAGUUGCUGUGAUGCUGCCCUUGUUGCCUAGCAUGCAGCCAUGAGCUCGGUCCUGUGGAGUCAGGAGAAGCCCAGCGGGGGCUUCAGGGAUGACUGGCACUUCUACAUGGUGGUGAAGGAGUGCACGGUGGAGAAGCCCCCCCAGAAAACCCUGUGGAUCCCACGCGGCAGCCUGGGCCAGGCGUGCCAGGAGCGCAACAGCCUGGGCCGCACGCUCCCGCCGUGCAAGGGCAAAAAGAGCCUGCGCAUUCUAGACCAGACCAAUGUGGUGCUGAGCCUGGAUGAGCGCGACAUCCUGGAGAUCGACGAGAAGCUGGCUGAACUGCUCUUUCCCAUCACUAACUGCGAGGAACGUCACGCCCUGCUGUGCAACAAGUCCCGGCUGGAGCGCGUACGUGACAUCGACUGUGGCUCCAAGGUGCGCGUCCAGCUGCGCUCUGGCGAUGAGCCGCUGCCCGGCGUGGUGCGCUUCAAGGGCUCGCUGCUGCCUGACAGAGCCCUCUCCGGAAUCCUGUUUGGAGUGGAGCUCUUGGAGGAGGGUCGAGGCCAGGGCUUCACAGAGGGUUCCUUCCAGGGCCGCCAGCUAUUCCGCUGUGAGGAGGAAUGCGGCGUGUUCGUGGCCCUGGACAAGCUGGAGCUCUGGGAGGAUGAUGACGACGACGACAUGGGCGACCUGGAGUCAGAUCAUGUCACACUGGUUGAGGAGGACCAGGACUACCCACCGUUGGAGAUCAACUCCAGAGUCCUAGUCCAGACCCGGGAGGGACCUGAAAGAGGCACCAUCAUUUUUUGUGACUUACUGCCUGGUAACGAGAGGCUGGGCUACUAUGUGGGUGUUGACAUGGACAAUCCAAUCGGUGAGUGGGACGGUAUGUUUGACGGGAAGCUGCUGUGUAACUUUGCCAGUUUGGAGCACACUCAACUUGUCCCCAUCUGUGACGUAAUGCCAGAAUAUUCCAUGCAGGACCAAAGGCUGCAAAAGCACACAUUUGCUUCCAGAGGCAACAGCAACGACAAGUCGUCCUCUGGCCAAAGCAAACCGAAGAGCAAAGGAUUAGCUCAUCAGUGUGGCAGUAGGAGCAAGUCAGAGUUUUACUAUACUUUAAAUGGCAGCUCUGUUGACCCCCCAGUGCAGUCCAAAUCCAAAAGCACAUGGUACAUUGACGAAGUUGGGGAGGACCCUGCAAAAUCUCUCACCGAAACUCCCCCCGACUUCAACCAGUCGCCCCCGCCCAUUAGGGCGCCGCCGACCGCUUCGUUGGCGAGUGACAACAAGUUCCACUCGCUGCCCUUCAGUCUGAACCGCAAGAGCGGGCCCAUCGACAACAUGAGCCAGGGCCCCCUUUCCCUGUCCGUCCAGUCGGUAAUGGGGGAGCAGGCUGAUGCCCCCUCGCCCACUGCCCCAUCUUCGCCGCGGCCAGCAACACCUACUAGGGGGCAGCCAGGUCUUGAGGUGGGCUCCCUGGUCGAGGUGAAAGAGAAUCCCCCUCUAUGCGGUGUCAUCCGCUGGGUGGGUCUCCCUCCAGGCUUGUUGGAGCCACUGGCCGGUCUGGAGCUGGAAGAGGAGUGCCCAGGUUGCACUGACGGCACCUUCAAAGGUACACGCUACUUCAGCUGUCCGCCUAAAAAGGCCCUCUUCGUGAAGCUCAAGUGCUGUCGGCCCGACUCCCGCUUCCCAUCGCUGCAUCACUCUUCCAACCCCAUUGAGCGCUGUAACUCUAUUGCGUUCGGGGGCUACUUAAGCGAAAUCGUACACGAGAACACGCCGCCCCGCAGUGAGACGGAUGGCCUCGAUGUCAUGGUAGGCAAGAAGAAAGGCAUCCAGGGUCACUACAACUCGUGCUACUUGGAUUCGACCCUCUUCUGUCUCUUUUCCUUCAGCUCUGUACUGGACACAGUUCUGCUGAGGCCGCGCUCAAAGACCGAUGUGGAGUAUUACAGAGAGACCCAAGAACUGUUACGCACUGAGAUAGUCAACCCGCUGCGCAUACAUGGGUAUGUGUGCGCCACCAAAGUGAUGAAACUCAGGAGGAUCCUGGAGAAAGUAGAAGCUGCGUCUGGCUUCACCUCUGAAGAAAAAGAUCCAGAGGAGUUCCUCAAUAUACUGUUCCAUCACAUACUGCGGGUAGACCCUUUGCUCAAACUAAGGUCAGCGGGACAGAAGGUGCAGGACUGUUACUUUUACCAGAUCUUUAUGGACAAAAAAGACAAAGUUGAUGUUCCCACUAUUCAGCAGCUCCUGGAGUGGUCUUUCAUCAACAGCGACCUCAAGUUUGCAGAGGCUCCCUCCUGCCUUAUCAUCCAGAUGCCCCGCUUUGGCAAGGACUUCAAAAUGUUUAACAAGAUUUUCCCUUCACUGGAAUUAGACAUCACAGAUCUUCUGGAAGACACUCCCAGAGAAUGCCGCAUCUGCGGAGGCCUGGCCCUCUUUGAGUGCAGAGACUGCUACGAUGACGGCGACAUCACGGCGGGCAAGAUUAAGCAGUUCUGCGAAAAGUGCAAUACGCAGGUUCACCUUCACCCGAGGAGAAAAAGUCACCGGCACGGCAAGCUGUGCGUCCCCAAGGAGCUGCAAGAAGGCGGUGGACGCCAGGCCACGUUCCCACGCCAGACGAUGGAGCUGUUUGCCGUGCUGUGCAUUGAGACCAGUCACUACGUGGCCUUCGUCAAGUACGGCAGCGCCGCCUCCACCUGGCUCUUUUUCGACAGCAUGGCCGACCGAGACGGAGGCCAGAACGGCUUCAACAUUCCGCAGGUGUCGCCGUGCCCUGAGGUGGAGGCCUACCUGAAGAUGACGCCCGAGGAGCUGCACGCGCUCGACCCCAAGAGCAUUCAAGGCCAGGCCCGACGGCUGCUGUGCGACGCCUACAUGUGCAUGUACCAGAGCCCUACCAUGAGCUUGUACAAGUAGCCCUCACUUCGCCACAUGAAACACCCUCCAUCCUCUCCGUCGUCAUCCUCCUCCAGCCCUGCGGCCACUACGCCACGCCCCUCCCUCCCUCAGGGCUGCAGACUUCCCAGAAAGACCCACAAUGAAAAAAUAAACUAAACAGAAGAAAGGCUUGCCGAGUUUGGAGUUAACCCUCGCCACUCUUGUCAAGAUGUGUGUGUGUGUGUGGGGGAGGGAGGGAGUGCUUUAUUUGCACUGUGCUUUCGUUCAAGUGUUCUGUUCUUCAUGUCAUCCUACAUAGAUUCUCCUUAUCGCUCAGCCGAGCCUUUGCAAGGCUCAAGAAGGAUUUAAAAGAUGGAGCGAGCUGUGGAGGGUUCGAGGGCACAGGGGUUGGGUGGGGUGGGGGUGGGGGGCGAAAAGCAAGAGAAGUCCCGCUAGUCUUAACCACCGGGAAAGGCUGGAAUGCUUCAUAACACCUCAUUAGAGAAGUGACGCGGUACGCACUAUGCGUCUCGCGCUCUCGUGACCCUGUUCUGUAGGAACCCCGGUCACAGUUUGGGUGUUGCAGAAACCAAUGUAGCCAUUCUAACCGUUUGACUGCACAUUUACACCCCCACCCCAGUCCCGCUCUCCUCCCUGCGAAAAACUGCACUUUGGCUCUGAGUCCUCUUAAAGUGGAAGUUAUGAGGGAGAGCUAAUUUAUUGGUCAGGGGAUGCAUUUUUGUGUGUGUGUGUGUGUGUGUGUGUGUGUGUGUGUGUGUGUGUGUGUGUUACAGAAUGCAAAUCUGCACCCCCAGCGGGGCGUGGGCUUCUAACAUGAACAGUAUUUGUCCUGUGCGUCUUUAUGUUUACGAGGCCUUUUUGAGAGUCCGGGCCCCGACUCACCGCCUUUCUCCAAGAUGUGACACACAGCAGAUUAAUUCAACAAAAGAGAUGUGAUCAAAUGUUGAUAUUAUUUAUUUUAAUCUAAUCAUGUUUGUCCCUUUUAAGGAAAUAAAGCAGGGUUGAUGAUGAUGAUGAUGCUGUCAGGUUUUCAACUACUGGCACAAGGCUGGUCACUUGGAAGCUAUUGAAGAGGAAACAGUGUAAUUCAAUUAAUUUUUUUAAAAAGCCACCAAAAAUCCUGAAUGAAGUGCUUUUGAAAUGGAUGUAGAUAAAUGUGUCGGGCAGAACUGUUUUGAGACGAGGCUCCUUUUCUGGUGGUUUGCACUGUUCCAGGGACCCUUUUACCGCACUGCUGAGUCCCGCCACUGAUUCCUUUCAGGCGACAUUGAUAGAACCAGAUGAGUUUUGUUUUUUUUUUUUUCUUUCUCAAUUUUUUUUUUUUUUAAAUAAGUGAUUUCUCUGUCCAGUCUGUUUAGUGUGCCCAAAUGUAACAGGUGGAAUUUGAUGUCAGUCAAGUUGCUGUACAUGUUUCGUUAAAUAAAUGCCGUUUUGGAAGGACGCAACAUG